AUGAAGACCACCAUUACGCUCGUGCUCCUGGCUGCCGCCUUCAACAGCUCCUGCGCGGCUCCCUCCCAGAAUACGGGGUUAAAGUUUAGCGCUGAGACAACCCGCAUCUCUCUACAUCGUCAUAUCGUCCACGAUGUGCGGCAUGUCGCGCGCAAGUUCCUCGACCCGGCUACCGUAACGGCUUUGGAGUCUGCUGUACUGAGCGAACGAGAAGAGAAUGGCACCGUCGUUACCAUUCCCGAGCCUAAUGACGAAAACGUUGACCAACUAUAUCUCACCGAGGUCUGCAUUGGAACGCCUCCACAGAAGCUCAACCUGGACUUUGAUACGGGGUCCAGCGAUCUGUGGGUAUUUAGCAGUGACACCAGCGCCAACGAGGUCAACGGCCAGACGCUUUACAAGCCCAGCAGCAGCUCUUCUGCUAAGAGGCUGCAGGGAGAGACUUGGUCCAUCCGCUACGGUGACAACAGCACCUCUCGCGGAAUCGUCUAUUCCGACGUCGUUACCGUAGGCGGUGUUUCAGUAGACAACCAGGCCGUCGAGUCCGCCCAGCAAGUGUCACAGUCCUUCAGCAAAGAUAGCCAAAACUCGGGCCUCCUCGGUCUUGCCUAUGACAAGGGCAACACAGUCCGCCUAGACAAGCAGAAAACAUGGUUCUCCAACAUUCUGCCUAGGCUCUCCGAGCCUCUCUUCACCGUACGGCUGAGACACCAAGCCAAGGGCUCUUACAACUUUGGCUACAUUGACCAGUCCCAAUACACUGGCGCCAUUAGCUACACUCCCGCGUCAACCGACGAUCUUGGCCACCGGCUCUUCCAGUCUACCGGCUAUGCUGUCGGCAAGGGCAAGUUCGAGACCAUCACCAUCACCGGGACCGCAGACACUGGUACCUCGCUUCUCAUCCUCCCUCUGGCGGUCGUCGAAGCGUACUGGGCUACUGUUCCGAGCGCCGAGCCAGCUGCCCUGCCGGGCAAUGCCGGUUAUGCUUGGAUCUUCCCUUGCGACACGACCUUGCCCGACUUUACCUUUGGCGUUGGUUCGGGAAGAGUUACUGUCCCCGGCAAAGAUAUCAACUACGCGGUCAAUGAGGGCUCUACCUGCGUGGGUGGUAUUGCAUACUACCGCGGCCUGAAUGGCCUGGCCAUCUUUGGUGAUGUUGCCCUCAAGUCGUCGUUUGUUGUCUACGACGAUGGCAAUAAUCGCCUUGGUUGGGCCAAGGGUCUAUAG